AUGCACAAAAGCAGCAUGUACGAUAAAGAUCAAACGGGUGAGACAUUGUUCACAUGUCACGGGUGGCCGGAAUCGAACCCCGACCGUAUCCUGCUUCUGGUGUUACUGAGUUGGUCAGCCUCUCGGUUGCCUUUCCGAGUGGUGCCACAUCGCUUUGGUAUAUCUAGAGCGCAUUGGGGGCUACUGCAGCGAGCUAUGCUAUUCAUGAAGCGAUACGACAUACUUGAAGAGCUAGCCGAUCCUGCAGUGCGUGCUGAUAAAGCAAAAUCAAACGAGAAACAUUAUCUCUGUGGUGGCCGAAAUUUCCUUUUUCCUCGCGUAGGCUGCGCUAGCAGCACAUUACCAUCGCUCUCAAACAUUUUGAGUGCAUACGGCGACUAG